AUGAGGCUACUACUUCUGUUGCUACUGAGGCUACUACUGCUGCUGCUGUUGCUACUGCUGCUGAUAGUGUGUAAGGACCUGACAGAACGGGCCCACAGAUCUUGCGUAACUGUUAUAGCGGAGGCGAGGAAACAAUGCUUUGGGGUGACAGAGGCCCUUGGCACGGUCUACAAACACGCCCGCAACAUUCUGGAUAGCAUCAACCCGGACCGCUGGCUCACCAAACAGCAACUGCUGUCUAAGAGACAGAAGUAUAAUGAGAUGGUCGCCCAACAGGAAUUUCUCGCAACAAAUUUAGCACUGAAGAAGGCUCACAUAUCACGCGCUCUGAAAAGGCAAAUAGAUGAACGGUCAUAUUUAAAAAAUUUUCUACCAUCAUUACCAGCUCUACCUUCAUCUUCUUCCUCUUCUUCAUCAUCAUCAUUCUCAUCCUCAUUAUCGUCAUCGUCGUCAUCGUCAUCAUCGCCUUCAUACUCAUUCAACGGAAAUACCGAAACCGAUAAAGACGUUUGCAAACCGCUAAACGAGCAAAAAAUAUGCCAGCCCUUAUCCGAUACGGUUUCGAUAUGCAGCCCAUCUUCAUGGGCCGAUGAAGCUCUCAAGGAAGUUGCCGAAUCAACCGCUAAAGUCGUAGCAACUCUGAAAUUUGAAAAAAUAAAAACAGAAAAACAAGGUCUGGAGUUUGGUGGUGGUGGUGAGAGAAAUUAUGUUGAUGGAGGAGAUGUGGUGAAUGGUGAUUAUGACGCAUAUGGAACUGCUGGCAAUAUUAAAUUCGCCGGUAUAGGAGAUAGUGAUUCAAUCCAUGGUGUGGAGGGGGGCGUCAGGUAUAAAAUUAUUACCCCCCAAAGGAGUAAGAUCGAUCUUAGAAACAGCAACAACAUCAAUGCAAACGCCAGCAUCAGCAGAGCCGACACGCAGUUAGAAACUUCAAACAAGAUAAAUCACAAUGUGACAAACUUCAAGAGUUGGUCGUACAUACUCGCCAUCUUUUCACACAUUUACAGCCAAUUGCUGGCUCUUCCGUUAGCUUCUCUUAUCCUAUUGGUUGCCGCUCGUCGUCACGUCAUCACAUUCUUGACCAAUGAUAUUCAAGGAAAUAUUAUUGUCGACAGCUCAUUAGUCGCUUAUGAUCUAUAUUCAACUAAUCGUUUUGCGGGUAAGAAAAGUAUUUUCCCGCUAAAAAAUUUUGAAAAAAAAUUAUUGGUUGACAGAACUGAAUGGACUUUGAGUCGAAUUGAAAGGAAUCAUUUGCUUGUCGGAUGUGAGAUGGUCCUUGUGAGUUUGGUGAUGUCUCUUGCGUUGGUCAUCAUCAACAAGUCGUUGGCUGAAUCGGCAGGUACGUCUCAUCUCGUUUGCUGGAGUGCUGAUGAGGAGUCGAAGAAUUUCUUGAAAAGUAAAAAAGAAGUAGGAGCCAUCAAGUCUGUUGACGGUCACGAGGCAGUGGUCGAGAUGUUACAAAUCUUGUUGAAUAUCGCCCGCUUGGAUUCGAAUAAAACAUCAGUCGAAAAUAUUGAUUCCGCUUUCAGUGGUGUUUGCAAUUUUCAAAUCGGUAAUGUUCCUCUACUGACUAUUCUCUUGAUCGUUCUUUUGAAUGUUCUGAUGAUGAUGAGCGUUGUGCUGAAUGUACCGAUAACCAGAAUGAAAGACUCGAUAAUGAGCUACUACUACCCGGCUGUGAAAAUGCGAAGAAUAACAUCUCUCCACGACAACCUGUUACGAAAUCGCCCCGAACAACUCAAUUUCAUCAAAAAGUCCGUCGACAGAAAAGUUGAGAAAAUAAACCAAAAAAAAUUAUUUUUUCCCCAAUCAGGAAAAAAUGACAGAAAAUGCAACGUCAUGACGAAGCCGCUGGAAAGACGACUUCGAACUCUACUGUCCUUGAAUGUUUGUUUCUCUUGCAAAGAAACCGUCAAAGAGGUCUUCAACUGCCCGCAAGGUACUUGCGACGCGAUUUUUUGCGCCCUUUGCUUCGAAGAUUUCUCCUCAAACUGCCCACACUGCGUUCGGAUGGACAAAUCAAAUUUGACCUUCUGUGCGAAUGUCGAAAGACGGGCCACAGGCGACGUAUUCUCGCAAAGUUUGGCGAAAUGUGCGACUGGUUAUUACGGAACUAUGAGUGAAGAGGCAUAUUUAUAA